AUGGCAGGGACUUUGAGGGAAUCGAUGAACAUAUUGAGGGCAGAGAACCAAACCUGGGAGAACGCCGUAGAGACAAGGGCAAAUUUCCUUACUAGAGAGUUUUUGCAGGCCAAAUCGGAUGAGUUCCACGGUGGCCUUGAGCCUAAGAAAGCAUAUGAGUUGCUCGAGCAAACAGUGAAGACAUUCGAGAUGCUUCACAUUGAGGAUAGCAAGUUAAGGUUGACUCUAGUGAUUUACUAUCUGAAAGGGGAUGUGAGACAAUGGUGGAAGUACGCCAAGGGUCGAGUAGAGCCGACAUGGGAAACAUUUGUGGUAGCCUUUCAAGAUAAGUAUCUACCUCCCACUGCUAGGGAGAGGUUGAGGCAAGAAUUUCAAAACCUUAAUCAACUUAACAUGUCGGUGGCCGAGUUUGAAGCAGCCUUCUCUAGUUUGUCCCAGUUUGCAUCGGAGUUAGUGGCAACAAAAGAGUGCCGUUGCAUUGAAUUUGAGAAGAAGUUGAGAACCAAGAUUUUGUUCAAGGUUGUUGGGAACAUGAUUCGGAACUAUGACCGUCUUGUGGAGGCGGUGGCACAUGUAGAGAUUAGCGUGGAGGCCGAUGAGGAGAGACUUCAGGGUUUGCGAUUGAGGGGUCAAGGGUCACAGGGGGACUAUAGACCCAACAAGAAGAGUAGGAACACUUUUUCACCUCAGUCCCAACCACAGCAAUCUAGAUCCACCUUUUAUUUGCCUAGUGCAAGCCCGGGGAAGAAUACACCAAGUGGUUUUCCAUGUUUUAAGUGUGGCCAAUCGGGUCAUAAGGCCUUUUCAUGCCUACAGAAGGGGGAGGAUAGCAAAUGUUGCCACCACCACCACCACCUAACCGAUCCCAGAGUCAGUCUCAGAGUAGAGGGUAAGGACUUACUUGCUAUCAGUGUUGUCAACUGGGGCACAUGA